AGGCCUACUCAUUGUCGAGGUCCACGCAAUGGAGGCAUCCUCCUCCUUCAGAGGACCGUCCGAGCCAUGGAGGGUUCUCGAGUUCUAUAGUGGCAUCGGCGGAAUGGUAGUAAUUGAUGCCUCUCAAAUAAUGCCUGAGGUUGCCUUCCUUGCUUUUACAGAGGUAUUCCAUGAUGAAGGCUGGACUCUCAGCUUCGGUGGUGGAAGCAUUUGAAAUAAACGACAGUGCGAACGACGUCUACGAGCACAAUUUCGGCCAUCGCCCUUAUCAGGGGAACAUAGGAAGCCUAACUGUUGCAGAUUUAGACAAGUAUGGGGCUCAUGCAUGGCUUUUGUCUCCUCCAUGUCAGCCUUAUACACGACAAGGUCUUCAAAGAGAUGCAGAUGAUGCUCGUGCACUCUCAUUUCUUAAGAUUCUGGAUCUGCUUCCACAGAUGAAAGAGGCACCUUUAAUGAUUUUUGUGGAGAAUGUUGUGGGUUUUGAGAAAUCUGAGACACAAAAGCGUUUGAUCAGAAGUUUGGAAAAUGCUGGUUUUGUUACACAAGAAUAUAUUUUGAGCCCAUUACAAUUUGGUGUGCCUUACUCACGUCCUCGAUAUUUUUGCCUUGCUAAACGCUAUCCGCUGUCAUUUGCCAACCCACACUUAAAUAAUCAGCUGCUUGAGACCCAUCAUCAUUUCCGAUUAUGUGAAGAAAAUGCUUGGGUUGAAAGCUCUGAAGUCGCAGGUGCAUCAUGUAAACCAAUUAGUGAGUUUCUUGAAACUGGGGAAAUUGUAACAGCAAGCACAUCACCAGGACACAAAUCAACCAAUGCUUCUGCACUGCCCCACAACAGAACAAAUGGUUUUGAACAUGUGUUUGAAGGUGGGCUAGAUGACAUAAAAUCAUUUCAGCACAGUGAUAAGGUGGGCUAUGAACCCAAGGAUCACGAAGAAAGUGUCUCUGUGGUAAAUAAGUUAGACCAAUUUGCUGUUCCUUCAAGCUUGGUUGAGAGAUUUGGCGGCUCAAUGGACAUAGUUUUCCCUGAAUCCAGACGUUGUUGUUGUUUUACAAAAAGUUACUACCGUUAUGUCAAAGGCACUGGUUCAUUACUUGCAACUAUCCAAGUUCAUUCAUUACAUGGGAAACCUGCAAUCUCUUUGCUGCAUCAACUUGGCCUGAGAUAUUUUACUCCACGUGAGGUAGCCAAUUUGCAUUCUUUCCCACAGGAGUUUGAAUUUCCGCAGCACAUCAGCCUUAGACAGCGGUAUGCACUGCUGGGGAAUAGUUUAAGCAUAGCAGUAGUGGCUCCAUUGCUGAGAUAUUUGUUUACAGAACCAUUACAAUGAUCCACUGUUUCCAUCAUUACAGUCGUUCAUUACCUACAUUUGUCAAAUGCAGAAGAGACGGGUGCAAACUAUUUGGAUUUGAUAUGUACAAUGAAGGUGGAUCACCAUCAAAUCUAACAGAACUUGUUAGUUGUUACUUCUUCCUGCCCAUAAAAAGCCCAAUGGAGAAAGCUGGCCCGUAAAUAACAUACAUGGAGAAAACACAAACGUUGUGUUGCUUCAAAGGUUUUGGGGCAUGGAGAUGAUUACAGUAGAGUUACUUUCACGAAAAAAUGCCUGCAAUUGCAGAAUAUGAAUUCUGACUGGAGGGAGAAUGCCAUCGCCGAAAGCGGAUUUUUCCCCUUAUAUUGUAUGGAAAGUGAAUAUUUUUCCAUAAAAACUAUUUACCUUUUCCUGCCUUGGUGAAAACAACUAACUGGUUCAGCGGCAAUUUUCUUGCAUGCUGUUUUGAUUUUUACUGAAACAACUUGUACGAGCAUGAUCAAGUCUAGGGGCAGGGACGGGUAGGAUAUGGUCUGCAUCCUAUACCAUUUUUAUAAGCAUCUUUGCCUAAUAAUCUAACUCCCAUGUAUUUUGCUGAUCUGAGUAUAACCUUUUGCAACCCUUUGAUUUACAUAGUUUGUCAGUUCAAAGGAGGACGAAAUUGAAACUGAACAUCUUUCUGUAUGCCAUUGUGCGGAAGCAGACAGGUCAAUGACAUAUAAGCCCUUGUAUUCUAGAUUGAAGUGAUCUGCUGUUAUGGAUCCCCUACUUCAUAAUGUAACUUGUUAUAACCGAACUAUGUUAUUUAUACGCAUAACUGUAAACUUUCUUCGUGAAAGUGGAUAGUUUUAUAUUAGCCAAUACUUGCUCUUUUCUUC